GUAUCGAACGGUCAUCCUUGACCAACUGCAAAACUUUGAUUAUCAAAAAUGACAAAAGAUUCUGAUCCCACCAUCUCUAGCUCUAGGGUUUCAUCCACAGCGUCUUUCCUAAACCCUCCUCAGUCUUUUCCCUUCACUUCCAUUACCAAUUUCUCUCUCUCCCAUACCAACUGAGCUCCAAAACCAAAACAAACGUAUCUCCCAACUAAAUCCCUCUUCAUCUUCAACCCAACCCAUCUUCUGGGGCAAUCAAACAGAAGCUAAAAUCUUCACAGAAAAGCUUGCAUCUUUGAGCUUAUUAUUUGUAAAUUGUAAGUACCCAUUUCUCUGUCUUUAUUCAUAAACACAAUUUUAUAUAUAUUUUUUUCUUUGCAAGCUUGCUGCUUUUUUAUUCAUUUAGAUACAUAUAGAUAGAUAUUUGUGUGUGUUUUAGAGAGAGAGAGAGAGAGAUUGAAAUUAAAUGGGGAAAUCAGGGGGUAGGAAGAAGAAGGGUAGUGCAAACCAAGUUUCAGGCGAUAAUUCAACUGCAAAUGCUAAUGGUGGUGUUGAUUUGGACUCAUCAAUCUUUUUGAAAAGGGCUCAUGAGCUCAAAGAAGAAGGGAACAAGAGGUUUCAGAAUAAGGACUAUGUGGGUGCUCUUGAGCAGUAUGAUAAUGCUCUUAAACUUACCCCUAAAACCCACCUGGAUAGAGCUGUGUUUCAUAGCAAUAGGGCGGCUUGUUUGAUGCAAAUGAAGCCCAUUGACUAUGAUACUGUGAUUGCUGAGUGUACCAUGGCGCUUCAGGUCCAGCCUCGGUUUGUCCGGGCUCUACUUAGGAGGGCUCGGGCAUUUGAGGCGAUAGGGAAGUAUGAAAUGGCGAUGCAGGAUGUGCAGGUGUUGUUGGGGGCUGAUCCAAAUCAUGGCGAUGCUUUGGAGAUUGCACGAAGGUUGAGGAUGGCAUUGGGUCCUCGCCAGGAUGCACAGCAGGACCUCCAGAGCCGCCCAUCCCCUGCUGCCCUUGGGGCUUCUGCAGUUCGUGGUGCCCCAAUUGCUGGUUUAGGGCCGUGUUUGCCUGCCCGGCCAGUAGGAAAGAAGCCAACUACUACAGCAGGGGGAUCAGUGGUAUCGCUUAAUAAUAAGCCAGAGAGACCCCAAACUGUUCUACCCAAUGAAAAUGGUCCUGAGUCUAAAGCCCAAUUGUCGAAACUUGUGUUGAAGCCUUCAGGUGGCUCUUCAAAGCCUGCUAAUCCAAGCAAGGAUAGCCAGAAGGAACAAUCGUCUUCUUCAUCAGUGUCAUUGCUUACUCAUGGGCAACCUACAGAGGCUGCAAUCCAAUGGAGGCUGUUGAAGCUUGUUUAUGAUCAUGACAUAAGGCUUUCCCAGAUGCCGGUGAAAUGCAGUUUCAGAGUUUUAAGGGAGAUUGUGAGCAAACGGUUUCCAUCAUCAAAGUCAGUUUUGAUCAAGUAUAAGGACAAUGAUGGUGAUUUGGUGACCAUAACCUGUACAGGGGAACUCAGAUUUGCAGAGUCUUGUGUGGAUAGCCUCGUCCCGAAAGACCCUGAAACAGAUAAGGCAGACUCAAUUGGGAUGUUGAGAUUGCACAUUGUGGAGGUGAGUCCUGAGCAGGAGCCACCAUUAUUGGAAGAAGAGGAGGAGAAGGCUAUGGAGAGUGAGGGAAAUAAGGGAGAUGAUAGUGGCUCUAAUUCGUCACUAAGUGAAUCUGUGUUGGAACCUGCUGAUACCAUAAUUGAUAAGCCAGAGAAAGAAGCUCAGAAGGAGAAACCAGGAGCUGCAGAAGAUCCUGAAUGCAAGGAAGUGGAGAUGGAUGAUUGGUUGUUUGAAUUUGCUCAGCUUUUCCGCACCCAUGUUGGUAUUGACCCAGAUGCUCAUAUUGAUUUGCAUGAGCUUGGGAUGGAGCUUUGUUCUGAGGCACUUGAGGAGACGGUGACAAGUGAAGAUGCUCAAGGUCUUUUUGACAAGGCUGCGGCAAAGUUCCAGGAGGUGGCUGCUUUGGCUUUCUUCAAUUGGGGAAAUGUUCAUAUGUGUGCAGCUAGAAAACGCAUUCCCUUAGAUGAAUCUGCUGGAAAGGAUGUAGUGGCAGCACAGCUUCAAACAGCUUAUGACUGGGUUAAGGAAAGAUAUUCUCUGGCCAGAGAGAAGUAUGAGGAGGCACUUCUUAUCAAACCUGAUUUUUAUGAGGGAUUGCUUGCUCUGGGGCAGCAGCAAUUUGAAAUGGCCAAGCUUCAUUGGUCAUUUGCACUUGCUAAGAAAAUAGAUCUCUCAAGCUGGGAUUCUGCAGAAACGCUCAACCUUUUUGAUAGUGCCGAGGAAAAGAUGAAGGCUGCAACUGAGAUGUGGGAAAAGCUUGAGGAGCAGAGAGCAAAAGAGCUAAAAGAUCCAAGUGCAAGCAAGAAGGAAGAGUUAUCAAAAAGAAGAAAGAAACAAGGAAGUAAUACUGAAGGUGAGCCCUCUAGCCUUGGCAGUCAGGGUGAAAUUUCAGCAGAUGAAGCAGCAGAACAAGCAGCUGUGAUGAGAUCACAGAUACAUCUCUUCUGGGGUAACAUGCUUUUUGAGCGAUCUCAAGUCGAGUGCAAACUAGGGCUGGGGGGUUGGAAGAAAAACCUGGAUGCUGCUGUUGAACGCUUUAAGCUUGCUGGAGCUUCUGAGGCUGACAUUUCGAUGGUUCUGAAGAACCACUGCUCUAAUGGAGAUGCAUUGGAAGGAGGUGAGAAAAAGGUUGCAAAGUCAGACACAGAUGUGACUCAUGAAGUUAAGAGUGAUGUGGUUGAUCAAGAAUCAGGAAAGUGAUAUGGAUUGAUAUCAUAUACCUGCAUCACAGCUUGCCUUCAAGUAUCUCAUCAAUCAUGAUCAUGAACUAGAGAAAGGAUGUGAUUUUUUCUUAUUGAAAUGGUGGCUAUCUAGAAAUCUUUCCUUUUGGUACUGACAAAUCAGGUGCCAUCCUUAAGCAGCCGUUUACUCAAAAGAUUUUGUGCUUUCAGUUCUCCAUGCUGAUUUUCAAGGUGAAAUUUUCUAAAACAUUGUUUGAAUACGGAUGAGUUUUCAAUAAACUAUUUCAUUUGCUUAGGGUAUGAUUCUGGCCUUGCCAUUCUGAGUGCCAAUUUUGUCUAGAUCAUUGUUUGGACUUUUUUCAUUUGUUAUAUUUCAUAAUUUGUUUUCAUCAA